UGGCGGGAAAUCUGGAUGCUGUGCCACACGUAUGACCGAGAAGGCCCUUUUGUCUACUUGUCCUUAGUAGGAAACGUUGCCAAUUCCGAUGGCUUGAUUGCAUCUUUAUGGAAAGAAUAUGGCAAAGCUGAUUCAAGGUGGCUUUAUCUUGAUCCAACCAUUGUGUCUUUGGAAAUUUUGACUGUUGUCCUGGAUGGGCUUCUGGCAUUGAUCCUUAUUUAUGCCAUAGUCAAAGAGAAAUAUUACCGGCAUUUCAUACAAGUUACCCUGUGCGUGUGCGAACUCUAUGGUGGCUGGAUGACCUUCUGCCCAGAGUGGCUUAUCGGAAGCCCUAACCUCAACACCGACAGUUGGCUGUACUUUUGGGUCUACCUGGUAUUUUUUAAUGGUGUGUGGGUUCUAAUUCCAGGACUGCUGCUGUGGCAGUCAUGGCUAGAACUCAAGAAGAUGCAUCAAAAAGGAACCAGCGUAGGGAAAAAGUCUUGGUAAAUUUUCAAAAUCAUAAACACUACUACCUUGCUUGAGGAGCUAGGAUGGAUCAAACAGUUCACCCUACACUUUCUUUUUAUAUUGUUCUGAGCAACCUAUUUCCAAUUAGUUGUAAGGUGGCAAGUUCUUACUUCUUUUUAAUUAAAUGGCAGUAUAAGGAAAAAAGAGGGCUGGGCAUGUAACUCAGUGUUAGGGUGCCUGGCUAGAAUCUGCAAGGCCUUGGCUUCCAUUCCCAGAACCAUAAAAAAAGGGAGAGGGUGAAGAGAAUUAAUUUCAAAUUUACCUUGUAAUAAUAUCACACUGAAUUAUACAUUUUUGUGGCUGGCAUUAAUUGUUCACAUUAAUAAAGCCAAUUGUAAUAGAACA